AUGUCGAACGAGGUAUCAAACUUUUGUGUUGAUAUAAGCGAACCUGGUCACCGACAUCACAAGCACUUUGUUGCGAGACCGAUGGAUAACGACCCAGCGACGAGAUUGGCAUUCCGUGCUAUGUUCUACACGAAAUUAGGAGAACGCGUGGAGAUGUACCCUCAGUCAGAAAAAUACGAUAAGAAGCUUCUUAUGCAGGUGAAUACGCUUUUUGAUGUUUUAAAAGGUAUGCCCCUAGCUGUGGUACAAGUGGAAGGGGAUGAAGUCGUCAUGGCUAAUGUUGGUCUAGGCGCAUCACUUGAACAGAUCAUCGCAACUCCUCGACGCUUCUUGUCAAUUCAAAAAUCAGCCGAUCCACGAUUGAGCAAGUUCAUUUCUCCCGGUGACUUUACAGAUGGGAGCUGA